AUGUCUACAUCCGAAAAUGCUACGUCUACUCCCGCCGCCGACAAUGCGGCUCCCCGUGCGGAGCUCGACAUCAGCAAGCUUCAUGCGCUCCCCUCCGAACAACAGGACCUCUACCUCCUCACAUUCACCUCGGACUUAGUCCAGCAUAUAUCAGGAUUGGAUAAGGCCCAGGUGUCGUCGCAGCAGAAAUUCUUGAAAAAGGAGCUGUUCAAGAUCCUCACACUGCCGUCACCAACAAUCACCCGAGUCAUUCGCAACAACCUGGGACGCUGCUUCGGUGCUAUCUUCAGCAAGGGCGAUCGCGGGGUUCUUUUCGAGACAGUGACCGACCUGCUGGGGACUCUGAAUGCGAGCAAAAAUGAGGCCGAACUCAAAACCAAGUUCGCUGCAGCCCACUGCCUGGGAGAGGUAUUCGCAGUCGCCGGAGAGAGUGUCUUUGCGCAAUCCGGAGUUGUUGUGUCAAGCUUACUGAAGCUACUCAAAGCCUCGAGCAACCAUACGGGAUGUCGUGGGUCAGUGUUCUCCGUGCUGCGAAAAGUGGUAGUUGGCUCUGGAGUUCCUGUCGACGAAGCCACAGCCCGAGACAUCUGGAAGCAGGCCCGCAAUGCCGCAACCGGGGACAAAUCGACGUUUGUCCAAGUACACGCAUGUCGCUGCCUUGAACAGCUUGUGAACACGACUCCAUAUUUCGAUAAUGCGAACGACUUUGAUCACUUAAAGACCGUGGUUUGGAAGGCAAUUGACAGUCCUGUGGCUCCCGUUCGACACGCCGCUGCAGCCUGUCUCGCCCGCGCGCUAGCCAAACUGCAUGCUUCGGACACUCGAAUCGCUUCUGUGCCGAAGCCCAAGAAAUCCAAAAGACUGUCACGAAAACCAACAGCGAAACCGACGGAAGACGAGGAGGAGGCCGAGGUUUCAGAGUCGUCAACUACCAAGAAAGCAGAACCACGUCUGUUCUUUCUCCUUCCAGACCUCCUUCGCCAACUUUCUACACAAUACCUCAAGAGUGCGACGUCUAAUCGAGCUCGCGCAGGCAUCGCUGUAUGCUACAAGCACGUCUUGCGGAUUCUAGGUGACAAGACAAUUGAUGAUCGCUACGGCCAGAUCGCGACUCACCUCCUGUUCGAUCUAUUGAACCACCCUACGGUAACGUACAACCGGUUCCGGCUUUUGAUGACAAGGAAGUUUGUCAAGAGCAUUCUAGAAGAUACAGUCGGUCGUGAAUCGCUUCGAGAGACUAGCCAACUGAAUGCGGCUAAAUGGUUGAUUAACGAUGUGCUCAAAGAUUAUCCUCAGGUGGUCCAGGAGCGGCGGGAGCCAAGCAAGCACUCUUUGACUAGCGCUUUGAGCGCACUGUCUUCCCUGAUUGUAUUCCUUGGUUCUGCAUUUGCUACUCUUGCUGAACCUUGUCGUGAGGCUUUGCUGCAGGUUCUGUCUCACCCCAGCUACACCGUCCAAAUACAUGCAGCGCAUUGUUUGCGCAAUUUCGUUCUCGCCUGCCCGCAUCAAUUGCUGUCUUGUGUCACCAUCUGCCUGAAUACUUUGAACAGAGAAGUUGGCCAAUUGGGCACUCCGCGACAGUCGCCGCGUCGCUGUGUUGGUUAUGCCAAUGGUCUUUCGGCCAUGCUCAGUACAUCUCGGCUGCAACCUCUGUACGGGUCUGUUGAUGUGUUUUCCCGUGUAUUUACUCAAGCAACCGAUCUCCUGAAAAUCAGCAGCAACUCCGAGUUACGUGCCGCCUGUACGCAAAUACAAGUCGCUUGGAUCCUGAUCGGAGGUUUAAUGCCCCUCGGGCCGAGCUUUGUCAAAAUACAUCUAUCGCAGCUGAUGUUGCUUUGGAAGAAUGCACUUCCACUUCAUCUGAGUAAGGAAAACUCGGCUCAGCGUGGAGUAUUGGAGAUGAGCUUUCUUGCGCAUGUCAGGGAAUGUGCUCUAGGCGCACUACUGGUCUUCAUGGAGUUCAAUAGCAAAUUGAUCACAGCGGACGGUGCGAAGAGAAUUGCAGCAAUGCUUCAGAAUACAGUUGACUUUCUUGAGGAUCUCCCGCGGCAAAAGUCAGUAAAUGAUUCAUCACAGCGGCUCCACCCAUCGUUACAGUUGCACGAUAUCGAAACAAUGGUCCGACGACGUGUUCUUCAGUGUUUCUCCAAGCUACUUCACGUCCAUCCCUUGAGUCGUGGCGACGUCAUCUCUCAAUCUAGCCUCUUGAGUCUGGCAAUUUCCUCCUUCGCAGAUCCCGAUGCUGCCCAGGCAGGUCCCUUGGAAAGCUCGAUUGCAGCCUCAACCGCGCAGUUUGACACCUUAUGGGAUCUCUGCGAUAAUUACGGAUUCGGGGUGACAGGUAUCACCCGUGAGUACGUUCGCGCGGCGCUUAAUGGCAAGAAUGACAAUGAGAAUGGGCCAUCAUGGUCUGCAGUCGAUUCGGUAGAUCAAAGUAUCGAUGACGCUUUGACAUUCCCAAUCUUUCCUGCAAGCGAACACGACUCGGUCCUGCUCUAUUCAUCGAGACAAGGAGAUUGUCUUGUGGCUGAUCCGCACGCAACUGGUGUCGUGAAUGCGGCCAUCGAUCUCUUUUCCGUGGCUAUUUCACUGCACGCCCCCAAGGUUCAGGAAAGCAGUGUAGAGCAGAUUGCAACAUAUCUCGCAUCGCCCAGCCUCCAGCGAAACCCUGGUCGCAAGGCUGCUAUGAUAGUCAACGUUGCUGUGGCGCUUCUUCAUGCACUCAAAGUAUCGGUCAAGGAGAUUGGCCCCGGAGCUGGGAGGCUCAACCCCGCCACUGAUAAAGUCCUACAGGAGCUUGUUCAGAAAUUCGUCACCGAUCCCGACCUAAUCGUCCGCACAGUCGGCGCCGAGGCGCUUGGGCGGCUGUGCGAGAGCUCCGGCAACACCUUCACAAAUACACAAAUUAAUUGGCUUGUGGAUAAAAUUGUUGAAAAUAGAGAGCCUAAUGCCCGUGCUGGUUGCGCUGCUGCUCUAGGUUGCAUUCAUUCCCAAGUCGGCGGCAUGGCAGCUGGUCUGCAUCUCAAAACCAUCGUUGGCGUCUUAAUGUCUUUAUGUAACGACCCUCACCCAGUGGUCCACUUCUGGGCUCUGGGUGGUUUAGAACGAGUUGCGAACUCCGCGGGGUUGACCUUUUCGCCUUUCGUCUCGAGUUCUCUCGGAAUGCUCGCUCAGUUGUACAACGCGGAUACCCACAAUGAGGAGGCCGCGACCUUGGCUACAUCCAAUAUUGAGAUGACCUUCCUUACUCCUGUGCUCAUCAGUCGCUGUGUUGACUCGUUAAUUAAUGUGCUGGGACCUGACCUCCAAGACAUUGCGAAGACGCGAAACCUCAUCCUCACCCUGCUCAGGCAAUUCCAGCUGGAGGACAACUCGGCCCUGGUCACGGAGAGUUCGAAGUGCCUGGAUCAUCUCUCACUGUAUGCGCCGGCAUACGUCGACUUCUCUGGAUAUGUCAAACGGUUGCAGGUUGAGCUUUCUGCUAAUAAUCCUCUCAUGAGAGAUGUGGCUAUCCGAGGUCUCAGCAAUCUGAUGAAAAGAGAUGCCGCUUCUGUUAUCCGCACCGCCACUCCGGCGCUUGAAGAGGAAAUUUGGCUUGCGUUUGAUGAUAUGCCUGACAAUCCGAUUCUGAAAGGCAUGAUCCAAGAUUGGAUGCAGCAGACAGCGCUCGAAGAGACGGAGCUUUGGAUCCAGCGCUGCCACAAUACCUUGACCAAGACGCGCAUCAAAGCGGAAGAACCCCCUCUUACAUCUGCUGUGAAGCCAUCGGCCAACGAUAUGCCGGAUGACGAGGUUGCAGGUUUUGCGUCCGCAAUUGCUGGUGCCGGACAGUCUGACGGAGCCCAUGACGCAGUCUCCGGACAGGAACUGCUAAAAUGGCAAACGCGGAACUUUGUUAUGAGUUGUCUGAGUGAACUCCUGUGUAUCGUACAGGAAGCGAUUCUGCCUGAUCAAGUCAUUCCCGCUGAACUUGCUUUACAACAAAAGGUCGGAGACAUUGUCAGGAUGGCGUUCUCGGCCUCUACAGCAAAUGUGAUAGAGCUCCGCAUCUGGGGACUGAAGAUUAUCGACCAGGUUCUAAGAAUGUUUGGAAAGACUCCAGACCCGGAUUUCACGGAGGCGUCUCUGCUCGAGCAAUAUCAGGCUCAAAUUGGAUCGGCUCUGACCCCGGCUUUUGCUGCUGACUCGUCUGCCGAACUUGCGUCUGAGGCCAUCAAUGUCUCAGCAACAUUCAUUGCGACAGGCAUUGUGACGAACGUAGAGCGAAUGGGCAGGAUUCUGAAACUUCUGGUUCUUGGCCUUGAGAAUUUCUCUAAUAACUUGGAUACGACCGAAAUCGGCGAACUGAAGGGGCUUAAUUCCAAUGCCAGGGUCAUGGUUAAAAUGGCGUUGUAUUCAGCCUGGGCACGGCUGCAGAUCGCUAGUAUCGAGCAAGAAUACCUGAACGAGGUCGUUCAGCCAUACCUCACCAAGCUCACGCCCCUCUGGCUCUCCUCUCUUCAGGAGUACGCACGGUUGAGAUUCGAGCCAGAUAUUUCGGGGAGCCUGGGCACAGGUCCAUUAGGGGGCGACUUAGACGAAGUGUACGCUGCAUUGAACCGUGAGACACUCUUGAAGUUCUACCAAGAUUCCUGGUUGAACCUUGUCGAUGCAAUUGCUGGGUUGGUCGAGAAGGAUAUUGAUUUUGUCUUUGACGCGUUAGACGGCAAGUCCGAUCUUGAGGAGUCGAAAAAAUCGGAUGAAGAGGAACAGGAUGCGCCGAAAGGAGAGAUCGGAAGCAAAGGCCACGACAUCAAUUAUCGCGACGAGCCUGUCGCUUUCUUUUUUGUUCUCUUUGGUCUUGCAUUUGAGGCUUUGGUUGACCAGUCCACCACCCCGUCACAAAGACUGGAAAUCCUCCAAGCACUUAAGAGAAUCCUACGACCAGUGAUCUCCGGCAACGCAAUCUAUCAGGACGCUAUCUUCUCAGAGACAAUGGAUUCGCUUGACCGCCUUGCUUUGACUGAAGGCACCCCUAUACAGAACGUGAUCGUGGAAAUUGCACGCAACCUCUCUUUAGACCAUCCGUCAGCAAAGGGAAGCGAGGGUCGAGAUGACCAUCUUUCCGAUGACAUCGAACAGCUUUUCGAGUUGACGAGAAGCAUCAUCCUUGUCCUUGCGGGACUACUACCUAACUUGCGAGAGUCCACGCCUCUUGCACGGUUUAGCGUUGGAUCAGAAGACGCCUUGUCGCUCAUCCGGCUCUCCCUCUCCUCGCUGGUCAAUGUCGCCUCAAUAUUCCCUUCCAUUAUCCGCAAUGACCUCAACGCAUGUAUUCUACAUAUCUUCAGUACAAUUCUAGCGACGGGCCUAUGCCAAGCCGAAGUCGUCCCCCAAGCGCUCCCCACGUUCAAGCACUUCAUCAGCAGCGUCAGCAACAACCGGGACUUUGGGCCAGACGACCCCGAGAACCUGGCCGUCGUGUCCCGCCAGUUACGCGGUUGCCUGACUCGCUUCCUCACGACGCUGACCAUCGCGCAACGGCGAGAGUCCGAGUCGUCGUUACCCUGCGCGAAGAAUACGCUUUUGGCGAUCGCUAUCCUGCUCACCACCGGGGGUCACCUUAUCCCACCGCACGACCCAGUCAUUCCCUGCGUCCUAGACGAACUACUCGACUGCCUCCAGGACGUUGGUCUCGCCAACGUCGCCGCGGGCUGUAUUCGCUCCAUCCUCCUCACUUCUUCCCCCAAAUCAACCACCAGCGAGAGCAUUGCCCGCUACCUCACCCCGCGCCUCAUCGGGUUCUACGUCGGCUGUCCCAAGGAGAACGGCGACGUGGCCGACGACCCGGAGAAUUCUAGAACUGUCAUCGCGCGCACCCUGGUCUCCUGCGUCACGACCGCCGUCUUCUCCGCGGACGCCACGCCCACCGCCAUGUCCCUCGUCAUGUCCGCCCUCCUUGCCCGCGCCGACCGCGAGGGCUCCGCCGUGUAUACCGAGACCUCCGCUCACCUGCUCGAGCUCGCCAAAGCCAACCAAGCCAUCUUCCGCGCCCUGGUAGCCACCAUGCAGCCCGCCCAGAAGACCCUCCUCGAGGAUAUCCUGCGCAGUGCCGACGCAACCUCCGGCGCGGGGACCAAGCAGGGCCGCGACCGCGCCUACUCGGACCAUGAACAACAGAGCAUGCCCAGUAUUGCGCUGCGGAUGGACUUCUAA